GUUCGGAUCGGUUGGGUUUAGUCUUAAUAGAAUCUCAACGAGAGCACGUCAUGGAUUUCGACCAGAUCUUGGAGAAGUGCGGCAGUGCGGGUCGCUAUCAGUAUCUAAUGAUACUGCUGCUCGGCUACAUAGCGUUCACGACCACCGUGCACUACUACUCGCAGAACAUAAUUGGGUUUGUGCCCCAGCACUGGUGUCAUCAUGAGGCUCUGGCGAAUCGUAGUUUCGAGGAGAUUGCCGCUAUAUAUGCCCCAUUUGGCAAGGAUGCCUCCUGCACCCGGCUGGAUAAGAUCGAGGGGGACCAGGUCACGGUGAGUAAUGAGACCUGCCAGCGUUGGAUAUACAACUAUGACUUUGGAUUCAGGAGCAUGAAUGCGGAGCUGAACUGGGUGUGUAAUGAUGCCUAUAAAGCGAGGAUCGGUCAAUCACUGUUCUUCCUGGGCUCCCUGAUGGGCACCUUCACCUUCGGCAUGUUGGGCGACAAGAUCGGCCGGGUCAGAGCCGUCAUCCUGGCCAAUCAGUGUGGAUUUGUCGGCGACUUUCUCACCACAUACGCCUCAAACUUGGUGCAGUUCGCCAUUUUUCGGUGCAUUUCUGGGCUCGCCGCCACGGCAAAUUACUAUCUCAUGUUUAUUCUGGUUCUGGAAUACCUGGCGCCCAAACUGAGGAACAUGGCCAUAAGUGGAACGCUGGGCAUAUGCUUCUGCCUGGGAGCUCUGGUGGCUCCCUGGCUUUCUGUUCUGGCCGGCAACUGGCGGAUUUACCUGACCUGCUCUGCGCUUCUCCAACUUGUGGUGGCCCUAUUUUAUUUUGUGGUCCAGGAGAGCGCACAGUGGCUUAUUACACGGACAAAUGUGGAGGGGGCCAUUGCGAGGCUGAAGCAUAUCGCCCACUUCAAUGGAAAGGAGGUGAAGGCAGCCGACUUUGAGGCCUUCAGGCGGAGCUGCAUUGUUAAGAGGAAGCUCUCGAACCAACCGGAACAAACGGCCGGAAUUAUCGAUCUACUGCGGACCCCAAAUCUACGAAGGACUUCAUUGCUGAUGCUAAUUACUUUCAUGCUGACUUCACUGAGCUUUAAUACCAUCUCUCGAAAUGUGGAGGGCCUCGGCCUUUCGCCCUUUGUGGUCUUCUCCCUGUUCGCCGUGGUCGUCCCGCCAUCUGGAUUCAUUCAGGGACUCCUGCAGAGUCGAGUGGGCCGCAAGGCCACGGCCUUUUUGGCCAUGCUCUGCACCGGAUUGCUGUCCUGCGCCCUGGGCGUGGCCCUCUCCACAGAGGGCGCCCAGAGCAAUGUGACCUUACUGUUGGCCUUCGCCCUGCCCAUGAGGCUGGGUAUCUCCAUGUGCUACACGGUCACCUCGCAGUUCGCCUCCGAGCUACUGCCCACCUGUGUGCGUUCGCGGGGAAUUGCUGCAGUGCACCUGGCUGCUGCGGGGGCGUCCUUUGUGUCACCCUACCUCAUUCAUCUGGGCACUAAGCUGGCGGCAGCUCCGUCCCUCAUCUUGGCCCUGCUCCUGCUUUCUGCGGCCUUUUGCACGCUCCUGCUGCCGGAAACAAACAACAGACAACUUCCCAUCACAUUGGCGGAUGGCGAGGCCUUUGGCCAGGGGGAAUCCAUGCUGUCCUUCGAUUGUUGGCGCCGGCACGAUGACGAUGUGUCCAAGGAAGCCGUCGAGGAAGUCAAGCUGCAUCAACUCAACGGUCAGCAAACGGAAGCGGAAGUGUAGAUAAAACCCAAUCAAAGCAUUUCCCCACAGACCUCUAUACCAAAGAGCCCAAAGGCUCUUAGGCAAAAAAAAAACUAGACACGGUUGUUGCGAAAGUUGUCAAUAGAUGUGAAGUUUGCUUUAUUUUAUUGAUUCACUGCUGUUCACAAUUUAUAACACAAUUUUAACUUAGCAACUUGUAUUGAGCCAAUUUCUUGAGUUCAUCAGCUUUUUGGGAAUCGUGUGUCGUCUGUAUUGUUUGCUUUUGUAUUAAGUACUUACUUGUAAGUAAAAGGGUCAUAAGUAUCUUGUAUCUUGUAAAUGGUUAUGUAAACUCUUGUAAUUAUGUAACGCUUAAAUGCCAUAAACAUAACGGCUACAAUUUGAUCGCUUCAUCCUGCCAUUCAAUUGCCAUAGAAAGUCUUACAAACUCUAGCGUACAAUUGCUCGGAAUCUCAACUGGGACUUCCGUUGACCAUUGCGAAACUGACCAAAGGUCGGUUCUCUUAAAUCUAAGUGUAAAGUCUAGCGCAGACAUGGCGAGAAGUGAUUUAGGGCCCCCGUCGCUGGUUGCCAGAUGAUAACAUUUGAAACUCGAAAGACUCUCGACCAACUUAAUCAGUUAUUCAGCGAAGGGUCUAACUUAAGAAGUAGUUCAAUGUAAAAUUAUAUAAAAGGGAUCAAAAGAUUGUUCUCAGGGCAGUACAGGGGAUACACAAUCAGUGUGUCAGCUGUGAAACAACUUAGAUUAAUGCUUAUAGGAAGGCAACCGCAGCGUUUUUCAGAUCAUCAUCUAGUACUAUGUAUAUUUGUGUAACUUAUGUGUGUACUCGCUAAAAAAG